AUGACUAUCAGUAAAAAACGCCAUAUUCAUGGUAUAAGAAUUUUAUUAACUGUUUUCUAUGGAUUUCUUCUAUCAAGUAUAUUAUUUCGUUAUAUUAUUCAUGGAAUUGUUGAGACAAUUCGACGACCAACGAAUCCAUAUGCUAUUAUAAUGCUUGUUCUCGGCACUCUUAUUCUUAUUUCAAUUGCUUUAACAAUUUAUGCUACAUGGUUUGACAAAACGACAAUACUGUUAGCAUCUGGUAUUGUGCUCAUAUGUGUAUUUAUUUUAACACUUAUUUUUGGUAUUGUUCGUAUUAUUAAUACAACACCUCUUGUUUCAACAGGUGUGUCAGAUAUUCUUACAAAUGGUGGCGAGAUAUCAGAUGCAGUUCAAGCAGGAUCAGUAAGCAAGGCUACAGUCACAACCGACGCUUAUGCGCUUGCUGAAGAUGUAACGAAAUUAAUCAUUGAGUUAAUCGGGAUUUUUUUUGCUAUUCUUGCAACAUUUGUUUUGAUUCGUUAUAUUAAAGUAAAAUAUGCUAAAGUACCAACAAAUGAACCAAAAGCAGCAACUUCAUCAUAA